CUGUAUGUACCAGCCACUUCGUCCCACUUCACACACGGAGUUACUAUUUUCUGACUGACGAAUCGGAUGUCAUGAGUCAUCUUUUAAACUGAAAUAUCGAUCAUUUACUGUCGAUGAAGUGCUUGGAAUAUUAAUUGCAAUUUCAUAAUUCACAAGGACCUAGACUAGUUUAUUUCCAAUUCUUAAGUUUUAAAAGAUAAAGAGUUUCCUGUUGUGUAAUAUUUCCAGCUGACUCACUGGGACUUUAAGUCUUGUGUUGACUUAGCAACAAUACAGGCACAUUUUUGUUCUUUUCUACAUAGCCAAUAGUACUGCACAGAUAUGGCUGCCAGAGGACUUGUUAAAAGUAAACAAUAUGAUUGGAAAGAUUCCAACUUGGCUCUGUUUGGCUCCGACUUGGAGAAAAAUGUCAAAAAGGCUUCAGCAGGAACAGAAGAAGCAUGGAAAAAUGCUGGAAAACAGCCAGGGCUGAAAGUGUGGCGCAUUGUGCAAUUUAAAGUUGUAGAUUGGCCAAAAGAGGAUUAUGGGAAAUUCUUUUCUGGUGAUUCCUACAUAGUCUUAAAUACCUACAAGGAACAAGGUGGAGAUCAGUUGUUACACGAUGUCCAUUUCUGGAUUGGUAAAGAGAGCACUCAGGAUGAGUAUGGUACAGCAGCAUACAAGACAGUAGAACUGGACACUUACCUGAAUGAUGUCCCAGUGCAACAUAGAGAAGUGCAGGAAUUUGAGUCUGAUCUCUUCAAGUCCUACUUCAAGACCUUAACAUAUCUCAAAGGAGGCGCUCAGUCUGGCUUUAGACAUGUGACUGAGACAACAUAUAAACCCAGGCUAUUGCAUUUCAGUGGGCAGCGCAAAAAUAUUUGUGUCAAGGAAGUUCCACUGUGCAAAGAUCGUCUUAAGUCGGAUGAUGUGUUCAUUCUUGACCUGGGCAAGCAUAUCUACCAGUGGAACGGAAGAGGCAGCAACAAGGAUGAAAGGUUUAAGGCUGGUCAGUUCUGUCAACUUCUGGAAUCUGAGAGGUCUGGCAGAGCCAAGGCUGAUGUUCUUGAGGAGGACAGCAUAGAUCGUAGUCACAUUUUCUAUCAGUCACUCACAGAGGAGGAUGACAGCGAUCAUGAAUUCUCUGCCAAAGAUACAGCUAAAGAAUUAUUUAGGCUGUCUGAUGCUGGAGGCAAGCUUCAGUUUAAACAAGAAAAGAAGGGAUCAGUCUCAAAAUCUGACUUUGAUUCUAAGGAUGUUUUUAUCCUGGACGCUAAGAAAGCACUCUUUGUUUGGGUUGGAAAUGCAACAUCAAGUGGAGAAAAGAAGAAUGCCUUGCAGUACGCACAUGAAUACCUCAUGAGGACUGACCACCCAUUCGUCCCAGUCACUUGUCUUAAGGAAGGCCAAGAAUCUCGUGACUUUGUUGCAGCUAUAGCAGCUUAAAAAUAAUGGUCUUCUUCAAGUCAUCACUGUACUGCCUCAGAUGUGCUAGAGCAAACCUUUUUUGUUUUCUACCUUUUAUUAUAACCUGUAACUCAAUGCUAUUUUUUAUUUUGUGCAAUUAAUGUUAGCUUUCAUAUUUUACCUUAGAAAUGUUGAGAUGGCUACAGGCUUUAGAAAUGCUUAGAUGGCUACAGGUUGAAUCAGCAAAACCCUAUCAAAGCAGCUUAAUUAUAUUUAUUUCAAUGUUUACAUUCCAUCUAAAUGGAUGCAGUAGUGAAAACAGAUGUUCUUUACACCAAAAGCCUUAACCAGUUAAUCAAGUGCCUGCAGGAAAGAUCAAAAUUUUUGCCCUUCCGUCAAAAACUCUUAGAGUGUAUUUUAUCAAUAUACAAGUUUUUGAACUCAAGUCUUCAAAAUACUUCUUUAUAUUAUAUAUAUCUAUAUCUAUUUAUACUUUUGUACAUGUUGUGAGCGUUAAGUUAAAAUUAUAAUUAUUUUUGUUGAUAGAGGGGAAAGGUAUAUUAAAAAAAAAAUGAAACCUUUUUUUGUUCAAAAGACAAUUUUUUUUUAUAUAAUCCUGUAAAAUGCAUUAGUGACAUUUUGAAUUUUCUUUUUCAAUUCAGAUGUUUUCAUUUUACCAUGUACUUCCAAAUCAUGAUGCAUAUUAACCUUUGUAUCAAAAAUGGUUAUGGAUUGCUCAUUCUAAGUCUUUUUACUUGAGAUGUAUCAGUACUGAUAUUUCAUCUGUCAACUCUAGUCUAGUGAAAUCUAACAAGAGAUUAUAAAAUUUUGUUUUUCUUGAUUGGUGUCUCACUCAAACUCUUGGAAAGUUUUUUGGUUUUAAAUAUGACACAACAUGGGUGCUAGGCGGUAUUUAAACAAUCUUUAUGGUCUUGGAAAACUAAUUUUAUAACUAUAUGUUUUAAAACUGUUUAUAAUUUAUAAUUGUUUGUAUUUUUUAGAGCUUCUUCAUGUCUUAUGGUUUUGAUUUUUUUUUUUUUUGUGGAUUUCCUGAAAAACUAAAUUGUGGUUCACUUAUUGUGAUGGAACAAUACUUGUGAAAAUAGUUUUUCUUCAAUUUAUUGUCGCAUCAAGUUUACUUUUGUUUUUACUUAGAGUAUUCUGACAUUAGUAUAGCCAAGAAAGUCUGUAUUAAUAAAUUAAAUGUUGCAUCAUUUGUUAUAAUGUUAAAACUAUUCCAGUAUCCACUGAUCAGCUCAAAACAGUACUAGUGUACAAGUGUUUUUGUAUUCUUCUUUUUAACUGAAAUUUGUUAUUUUAUUGUUUGUAGUAUUAGAACUUGUAGAUGAGAUGUAGACUAGAUAAUCAAGGAAUUCUUUUAUUUAGUUGCAUAUCAUUUCUGUCAAUCUAUCACCAGUUAUAUAUAAUUAAGUUAUAUAUAAUUACAUGUCUGUGUAUCAAUAUGUUUGUGUCUUUUAAUUCUAGCUUUUGUUUUGUCUGUGUUUUAUGUUUUGCUUUGUUAAGAGACAUAACUCAACUUAAAACCACAGCAUAGUUAGAACUUUAGCAUUUACAUAGUUAAAACAAUGGAGGUUUUAAGAUGUAUACAAGUGACACAAUCUAAAACUACUUUAUUAAGGAAUGUAUAUCUCUGACUGCUUUCAUAAUUCUUAUAGUAAUUGCAAUAUUUGAUUUCAUAUUGUAAUUUUUUUUGGCUAUUGCCUUUAUCAUAACCUUAUUUCUUUACAGAGUUGUCUUUCCUGAGCAGAGGAUACUUUUUUCUGUACAUUUUGUUUACCUUUUUAGUUUACUUUUACGAUCAUAUAUUUUCUUUUUUUUACCUUACAUUUUGUAGUAGAUUUUAGAUUUUUUUUUAUACUCUAUAAAUGUGUAGUUCUUUAAAAUGGAUUUAAUAAAAGGUCUAUGAAGAAUU